GAAUACUAACGUACCAGGCGUAAAAAGACGCCUGAGCAGAGUCCUCACAACUGUUUUUUUUCAGGGGAAACUGCUGUAGCCCUGAGAACCGGAAACAUCCGUUUUCACCACCCCGCGGAGAGUGGAACACUAACGCUACUGCCUGAACUUUUUUUUAGCCCUCCCCCAAUCUGUAUAUAUCACUAAUGUCUCUGUUCGAUUUGUUGCUUUAUUGCAAUGGAAUGGUAGGACCCAUUGGCUACUAGUGAUGGAGACCGAGUUCUAAAACAGGUAGAAAAGUGACUCCUUUCCACUCCGCUCGGUCGGUUACCGCGAGUAUAAUAACGUUAAAAGAUAUCUAGAAUGGAGACUGUUGAGCAGCUCGUGUCGUUUAACCAUAUCCCAGUCCAGUUAAACGGAGGCACGCCUUGGGGGUUCACGCUGAAAGGAGGUCUCGAGCACGGAGAACCGCUCAUCAUCACUAAAGAGCCUGCCUGUUACGUGAAUGCAGUAGAAGCCAAGAUUGAAGAAGGUGGUAAGGCAGAACAAUGUAAGAAGCUGAGAGUGGGUGAUGAACUGGUCAAUAUAAACGGAUCAGCCCUCUACGGUUCAAGACAGGAAGCUCUUAUACUCAUCAAGGGUUCCUACCGGAUACUAAAGAUCACCGUAUGCAGACGCAGUGUACCUGUGAUCAGGCCUCACUCGUGGCACCUGGCCAAGCUUUCAUCAACGGAAUCCCCCCACAGUUCUACCUCUGUCCCCCCUCCUCCUUCCCCGUCCCCCCCAUCUGCCAUGCAGCUCCAUCCUGGGCUCUACACACUACCCUGGCACUCUACAGCAGACAACAGUGAUCUGUCUAUCCAGUGGAACAAGCUCUCCAGACACUACUCUACAGAUAGAAGCAGUUCCCUAAGUAGCAUGGACAGCCUUGACCCUACUAGCAGCCAAGUGUACUACGAUUCCCAUAAUUCCCCAGUGGACCCGGCCAUCUUCAACAAUAAGAGAGACUAUGAAUACCACAAUUCACCAGUGGACCCUGCUAUAUUCAACAAUAUAAGAGACUCUGCCUAUAGCUCUUUCUCAGCUAGUUCUAAUAUGUCAGACUAUACUGUCUCAUUAAGGCCCGGUGAGGCCUGUUCUAUGGAGAAUAUCGUCCGAAGCCUUGGGCCAGGGGGACCCGCCUGCCGGGUUAAUACAUGUGGCAAUGCACCAUCCCUGGGGAGGGAGUCAGGCGAGGCCCAGGAUGAGACUGAUACCUCAACCCUACUACUAAAGUCGAGGUCACUGACCAGGCCAAGAGUGAGGCAGCCGGAAGCGAAGGAGAGACCAUCUUCGUACUGUUUUGAAGAAGAGAGGAGAGAAGGGAGUGGGGAGAGGGGUGGAGGAGGAGGGAAGAGGGGGGCUUCAAUUCCACCCCUUCCCCCAACCAGGAAGGACAGUUUUAGGGCCACGAGGGGUCGCUUGGGGAUUACAGAUGUCAAAGAUCAACGAUGCAUCUCUGCCCCCGUCGGAAUUCCCAGCCUCUCCAGUUGCCAUGUCGAGGACGAUGACGACGAUCCUCAGAAUGUUCCUGGUGUUCCGGUUAUUCCUAGCUGGAACGGCUAUCCCGCUCCCUGCAAGGCGUCAAAGGCAGAGGGAGACAUGGGAAAUGGGAAAAAGAAUGGGGUUGGGAAUUUUAAAGGAGAUUCUUUGGAGCAAUACUACACCCUCAUCUCCAAAAAAAAAGAUUCCCUUGUGAAUAAGAACUUAGAGAUCCAGGAGAUCCACCCAGACUCCCUCCACCUUCCUGCCCUAGAGAUAAGCUCCUCUUCCUCCAUCUCCGGCUCCAGCUCCCUACCUCCAGACAGCUCCAUAGAUCCAGAACCCCCAGGUGAAGCCAACCACCUCCUCCCCCAGAACAAGCACUGCUCAUCAGGUCUCUACAGACAAAGCGUCCCUGAGAAACUCUUAUCGCAGCUACGUCAUCUAGAGUUUUCCAGUGACUCUUCGGACCAUAGCUCCGUCUCCCCCUCCAGCUCCCAGUGGUCUCGCUCCCCCCUUAACCCCCCCAGGGAGGACCUAGGAGGGGAUAUAGGGAGUCACGACACCUCCCUCCUCCUCCUCCAGCAGAACACUGGGGAGUGGGAACAAAGGAGUCAAUGCUCUACCCCAGGAUUGGUGGACACUGAUGGGAUUGGGGAGGCAGGAGAGGUGAGUGUGGUGGUUUGGAAGAGUAGGGAGGUGGUAGCGGCUGCUGGUAAUUGCCUCUCGCCCAUCCAGGUCCAACACCCCUGGGGUAGGUCGGUGAGUGUUCCAGGGUCAGGGGAGCCCUCUGGAGAUUGUACACAGGGAGAGGUGAGCCCGGAGCGGAUUUGGGAGACCGACUUUGGGCCUCUCAGUGCUGCAGCCAGUGUAGACAGCCUACUAGAGGGAAGUCAUAGAGGAGGAGGAAGAAGGGAUGAUAAUGAAGGAAAGGUGCUGAUGAAGAAACCCAGGAGUCACCGUUCGUCCCGGUCACGCCGUCGCAGCGAACGCUUCGCCACAAACCUCCGUAACGAGAUCCAGCACAAGAAGGCCCAGCUGUCCAAGAGUAAAGGCCCAGGAGGGUUGCUCUACAGCGGGGAGACAGUUGAGGAAGAAGGUCCAGACCUGGAAAUCCAGGACCUCGUGAGGAAAGAGGCUGAGGACGUUGAUCCGCCUGCCAAGGAGAGCAGCUCCCAAGGCGUGUACACCUGUUCCGACAUCAGCCUCUCAGCUCCAGCUCCUGGAGGUCUGAACAGACUAUCCUCUUCUUCCACCCUCCAGCUCCACCAGCCGUCCCUAGCCCCAGUUUCAGCUCUACAACCCCCCAGGGAUGAAGAACCUGAACCACCAGGGAAGCAAGACCAAGCUACAUACUCUUCCAGGACACCCCAAAGGUCAGUCCCAACCUUGCCUAGCUGGGGUAUGGGUAUCCAGGUCGUGGAGGAGCUAGCUCCAGCUGGUAAGUCCCGCCGAUGGAGAUGGACACCCGAACAUAAACUCCAACCAGAAGUUGACACUGACCGACGGGGGGAGAGGGUCGGAGUGGCCUUGGGGGUGUCAGGACGAGGGAGGGCAUCCUCUGCCUCCUCUUCUUCUUCUACCACUUGUUCUUCCCACACUGAGGAGUCUGAUAUUCUACCUUUCGCGGACCGCUGUAAGUUCUUUGAGGAGACAAGCAGGAGUAUAUUGGUGUCAAAUUUGCCAGGUCUGACGAGACGACGGCAGAGGCCAGAUAGACAUGAGGGGCAGCCUCAUCUGUCGAUGCUGGAGAACCAAAGAGGAGGCUAUGGACAGGGACAAGCCCAGAGGAGGUACUCUUACCAGGGUGGAUUCGAGCGAGAAAGUCCCCUUUUGAUUAAUACCAUGGAGGCCCGGAGACAAUCGGUUAGUGGGAAUAGGGAGAGAGAGAAGGAGAGGGAAAAAGAGAGGGAGAUGGAAAGGGAGGUAAGAGCAAGAGAGAGGGAAAGGGAAAGGGAGGAAAGAGCAAGAGAGAGGGAAAGGGAAAGGGAGGAGAGGGCGACAGAGAGGGAGAGGUUGUUGGAGAGGGAGGAAAUGGUAAGGGAGAGGGAAAGAGAAGAGAGGGCCAGAGAGAGGGAGAUGGCUCUUGAGGGGGAAAGGGAGGAAGAGAGACAAAGAGAGGAAAGGGCUAGACUGAGAGAGCUGGAGAUGGAGAGAGAAAGGGGGAUAGAGAGGGAACAAGAUAGUGAGAUGGAGAAAGAGAGACAAAGUGAGAGAGAGAGGAAAAGAGAGAGGGAGAGAAAGUCACUCAGUUCAGCUCAGGAUCUUUUUGCCAGUCAAUCCCAACCCCAUGCCUACCCCCAGAACCACUCCCAUCCCCAAAUCCAGAUGGAGGCUCCUCGUUCAGCCUUCCACCCGGUCAACACCGCUCUUCUCCAGGAUAACCAGGCUCUUCACCAGGGGUAUCCACCACAGAGCUACACACCAACAGAGGCGUAUCCUGCUGCGUCUCGACCGUUACCGUGGGAACAGACACAGAUCAACAGGAAGUUCAGCCUGACCGAGAGGGACUACCCCCGGUACAGACGUGAUUCAUCCACCGGGCCACCAAAUUGUACUAUAACAGUAACACCUGACUACCACCACCACCAGCAAGUCUCCCAAAGUGGGGGUUGUUGGAAUGGCUUGCUGUCUGCCUGUAGUGUGGACGAGGAGGACCAUCACCAGACGUCUAUGGUGGUUAACCCCACAUCAUAUUCAUCUUCAUCACUACUACGAAGCAGGGCCAUGUCCGAGAACGAUCUACACUUUGGCUCCACCCACCGCCGUACUUCACCCUCGGUUGCUAUGGCGACACCACUGUCUGAGCUGGAGGAGGGAGGCGGGAUCGAAGGGGGAAGAGUGGGAGUGGGAGGAAUUAGGGGAGCGGCUAACAAAAAUAAGACUCUACCCCCUCCGAGGCCACCUCCCCCCAAAUGGGAGCAGUUCCACCGCAGGAGAGCCUCCCACCACACCCUCUUGUCCUCUCCUCUCUUCUCCACCUCUGUUUCUUCAUCCAUCCAUCCAUUGGUAAACCCCACCCCCCCUCCUCUCCCUCUCAUACCACCAGAGGGUCCCACCUCUCACCCUUCAUCUCACCCCUGUCACCCUGAAAAGAGUGAAAUGACGCGGCAGCGCUCCUACAGCCUCCCGCCCCAGAGGGAGGAGCUAGAGGGGUGCCAGCGCUGCAUCAGAAGCCAAGUCCAGGAAUGGCGCUUUCCCCAGUCUUCGCCUAGUCCAGGGUUCACACACACGGCCUUCCGGCCGGUGGCCCCGCCCCAAAGAGAUAAAGACACUCCCCCUCGCUACAACAACACACUGCCGCCAUCAGAAAGCUGUGUCAGGUUGUACAACAUGGUUGACCAAGAUUGUCCUGCUGUAUUGAAGCCUAUCUCUCAUAGACAGCAGAGGGCCAGGGCUGAGUGGGAGAGAACUCCGUCUCCCAGAGUGCAUAGCUUCUCAGGUCAACUCACCAUAGAGAAUGGCGUUAUCUCACCAGAGUCCUACUUCGCUAUGACCUAUGAACAACAACAACAGUUACAGCAGAAUAGAAGAUUGCGGAAUCACCCCCACAACAACAACGACAAGCCGGAAUUGGAACAUGAAUUAUUGGAACUGGAACCGGAAUCCGAUUUCGGCCCGAGCCCCGCCCAGAGCUUGGAACAGGAAGUGGACAUCCCCAUGGAAACGGACAUCGACGACUCCCAGGAGGAGGGGCUUCCAGAGGAUGAAGAGCCAAUCAGGACAGAGCUACAAGGUUUCGCCCUGCCGGUCACGGUGCUGGAGACGGACAUCGACACGCUCCCUAAUCAGGAGGCCUUGCCAGCGGGUAGGAUGACAGUGGAGAAUGGGUCUCUGGAUGGAGAAAUGGAGGACCAGGGGAUGAGGACCAGAGAGGAACUCAUGGAGGAGCUGUUUCCCCAGAGCAUUGAGGGCGAGGCAGGCACAGAGAGCUGGAGAGGGGCCUACCGUAGCCCCAACCUGGAGCACAAUACAGACAGUCUGGAUAGGCGUUCUGGUGCCAGCUCCAGUUGUUCGUCCUACUACUCUACCUCAGCAGCCAAAGCUCAGCUCCUCACUCAGAUGAAAGACUACUGCUCAGACACUAGAGACACUGAUGAUGAUGAUGAGGACCUGUCUUACAAGAGACAGUUGAUGGAGAGUCUACGUAAGAAGCUAGGAAUUCUGAGAGAGGCACAGAGAGGUCUACAGGAGGAUAUACGGGCUAACGCACAGCUGGGAGAGGAGGUUGAAAGCCUGGUGCUAGCGUUCUGUAAGCCCAAUGAGGUGGAUAAGUUCAGGAUGUUUAUCGGGGAUAUGGAUAAGGUGGUCAGUCUGCUUCUGUCUCUCUCCGGACGGCUACUUAGGGUUGAGAGCUCACUGGACAACCUGGAGGCCGAGACUGGACACUAUGAGAGGCUCCCCCUCCUGGAGAAGAAGCGUCAGCUCCUGGUGCAGCUGUCAGAGGCCCAGGACCUCAAAGAACAUGUAGACCGACGGGAGCAGGUUGUGGGAAGGGUGCUAAGACGAUGCCUCUCCCAAGAACAGCACCGUGACUACAGUCAUUACGUCAAGAUGAAGGCAGCAUUGCUGGUGGAACAGAGGCAGCUGGAGGACAAGAUCAGGCUGGGAGAAGAGCAGCUAAGGGGGCUACGGGAGAGCCUAGGGAUGGGAUUAGGGAUGUCCAUGGGAUAUGGGCACUACUAAACCCCAACCAAGAGACCUGAAAGCUGGGCAGAUGGAUGGGGUAUCAACACUAUUGAGAGAAAGUAAUCAAGGACAGUUAGAGCAGUUAAGAACCUUAAGGGAGAGUCUGUGUUGGGGAUGUCCAUGUUGAUGGGGUAUGGACACUAUUGAGAGAACUAACACUUAACUUAAAGGUGAAUUUUGCUUUUUUUUUUAUAAACAACUCUCUAUUCCAGACACUUUUUUUGCGAUUUCACUUGUUUUUGAGAAACUUACCCCAACCAGUGAUUCACUUCCUCAUUGUUGUUGUGCAGUACGGCGGCUCUGAAAAAAACGGGGGUUCUGAACAAACAUGAACAAAUGUUCCAAAAACACCCAAAUACGUCCUUUUAGAAAUGAAAACACACUGAGUUUAGUGAUGCAGGUCUUUAGAUGUUGUACAUGUGAAAUUGUGUCAUUUCAAACUUUAUCCACAACGUUAUAUUCCAUUUUGUGUGGAAAUACAUUUCUGGUUGGGGAAAGUUUCUCAAAAUCAAGUGAAAUUGCAAUAAAAGUGUAUUGACUCUUCUAUGACAUGCCAUUUACAUCGAAAUAAUAUUUUAUUGUAAAAAAACACAUUUCUCCUUCAAGGAAACUUUAGAGACGAGUUGAUGGUGUUAGGGAUGGGCUGGGGGAUGUAUGUAGGAUUAAUUCAUUAUUGAGUGAAAACCACCCUACCCAGGGAGACCCUAGAGUGGGGCAGAUGGGCUUCGGAAUGGGGUUAGGGAUGGGGAGAGCCAUGGAAUGUCUAUGGGGUAUGGGCACUAUGGGGAGACAGGCAACCUAUACAAGUAGACCCUAGAGUGGGGUACAUUAGCAUGGGGGGUGGGGUAUGGACACUAAUUGAGAGAGAACCAACCCAACCUAAGGAGAGCCUGGAGAGCUAUGGUAGAGUUUAGGGUUAGGGGUAGAGCUGAGGGAUGUCCAUGAAGUAUGGGAACUGUAGGGAGACAGCCAACCCACACAUGGGUGCCCUAGAGUUGGGUAAAUUAGGGAUGGGGUUAAAGUUGGGUGAUGGGACAUGGGCACUACUUCCUAAAACACAAUACUUUUCCUGACACCAACACCUACACUGUGUUAAACAGAGGUGGCCAUUAAAACCCCACAAGAGAAUGCAUUAAGGCUGCACUUGGCAGUAUUUGUCCGUUAAGAAAUACAAACCUACUCGUUGGUGUUAGACACACUGGUACACCCAAGAGUAACAACUAUCUUUCACUUACCAACUGUAACCUCACAAUCGCAUACUCCAUGCACAACAAAACGAGGCCAAAGAAUACGUUGUUGUUUAGUGUGUGUGUUACUGAACAAGACUGGAGAAAGUAUGUAUUUAUUAUUUAUAUCUCUGUUGAGCAAUACGGACAGGGAGGAUUUGGGGUGCUAGACGAGAGCAUUUUCAUGAAACUGUUGGGGAGUGCAUUGAAUACAUAGAAAUGGAUAGAAGGUGCAUGUGCCAAAAAGCUGCCCAUGCUAUCACAUCAAACAUUAUUGCAAAGAAAAGCCCUCUAUCCAAUUCUAUGAUUGCAUAUAAUCCUAUUACAGUUAGUUAUAUGUCCAGAAAUGGAGAGAGACAGCCGCUUCUCUCCACUCUCAUAUAACACUAUACUAGCCUGAGUGCCAGUCUGUUUGUGCUAUCAUGUGCUAUCAUGCUAACUCCUUAACGGUUAUGGCUUGACAUGUUUGGCUUGACACUGACGGCGAUGGAGUUUGCCAAGAGCGCAAACAGAUUUGGGGCCUGGUAAACCCUAUACUCCAUAACGGCAUCACAUCACUCCUUAACUCUACACUACCACACCACGCCUUAGAUUGUGUAUAUUGGUGUAGGGUGAAGUUUCCCCUAGACACUGAUCCUGGGUCGGUUUAGCAUUUUCCCCACUAAUGGUUAAGGUUAAAAUAGGGGGAGGAGAAGCUGAUCCUAGGAAAUUUCACCUCGUAGCCCUAAAAUUACCACACCAUGUCUUGUGUGUCUAUGCAUUCAUCAUUAUUGUGUGUAUUAAAUGUUGUGUAUAGAAGUGAUAUUCAUGUGUUAUAACUGGAAUCCAUCAUUGUAGUGUAAAUAUGUCAUGAGAAGCUAUGUCAUUUAUAUAUAUAUACACGUCAUAUGGCAUAUAAUCGUCAUAUGGCAAAGUUCAUCCUAAUACAAUUACGUGCCAUUCAAAAAUAUUUCGUUUUUAUUACAUUUUGGGGGAUUUUUUUGGGGCACGUAUUGUAUUAGGAUGAACUUUGCCAUAUGACGUAUAUAUAUAAUAUGACGUGUAUAUAUAUAAAUGACAUAACUUCUUAUUUAUAUAUAUAUAUUAUUGGCUGUUUGACCAAAAACAUGCAUGCAGACCAUAUCUUUUUAUUUUAUUUUUUAUUUUUAACCUAACCUUAACCCCUAAUCCUAACCCCUAAUCCUAAAAUAUCCUUUUUACAAAUGAGAACUGGCAAAAGAUCCUCACUUCCUUGAAUUCUAGUUGGUUUACUAUUCUUGUGAGGACUUCUGGAACUCACAAGUAUAGCAAAACGUGUGCUCACACAGAUACACACACAGUGCUUUCGGAAUAUAUUCAGACCCCUUGACUUUUUCCACUUUUUGUUACAUUACAGCCUUAUUCUAAAAUUGAUUAAAUAAGAAAAAAUCCUCAGCAAUCUACAUACAAUACCCCAUAAUGACAUUUAUCAAAAUUAAAAACAGAAAUAUGUUAUUUAUGUAAGUAUUCAGACCCUUUGCUAUGAGACUCGAAGUUGAGUCUUGUUUCCAUUGAUUAGCCUUGAGAUAAUAAUAUAAUAUAUGCCAUUUAGCAGAUGCUUUUAUCCAAAGCGACUUAUGUUUCUACAACUUGAUUGGAGUUCGCCUGUGGUAAAUUCAAUUGAUUUGACAUGAUUUGGAAAGGCACACUCCUGUCUAUAUAAGGUCCCAUAGUUGACAGUGCAUGUCACACCAAAAACCAAGCCAUGAGGUCGAAGGAAUGGUCCGUAGAGCUCCGAGACAGGAUUGUGUCGAGGCACAGAUCUGGGGAAGGGUACGAAAAAAUGUCUGCAGCAUUGAAGGUCCCCAAGAACACAGUGGCCUCCAUCAUUAUUAAAUGGAAGAAGUUUGAAACCAACAAGACUCUUCCUAGGGCUAAACUGAGGUUCUGGGGGAUAAGGGCCUUGGUCAGGGGGGUGACCAAGAUCUGAUUGGUCACUCUGACAGACCUCUAGUUCCUCUGUGGAAAGGAACUCCAUCCCUGCAACACUCCACCAAUCAGACAGAAGCUUUUCCUCAGUGAAAGGCACAUGACAGCCCACUUGGAGUUUACCGAAGGGCACCUAAAGACUCUCAGACCAUGAGAAACAAGAUUCUCUGGUCUGAUGAAACCAAGAUUGAACUCUUUGUGCUGAAUGCCAAGUGUGAUUUCUGGAGGAAACCUGGCGUCAUCCCUGGUCAUGCAUCAUGCUGUGGGGAUGUUUUUCGGCAGGAGGGAAUGGGAAACUAGUCAAGAUUGAGGGAAAUAUGAACAACGCAAAUUACAGAGAGAUCCUUGAUGAAAACCUGCUCUAGAGCACUCAGGACUUCAGACUGGGGGCGAAGGUUCACCUUCCAAAAGGACAAUGACCGUAAGCACACAGCCAAGACAACGGAGCAGUGGCUUCGGGACAGAUCUCAGCCAAAGCCCGGACUUGAAUCCAAUCGAACAUCUCUGGAGAGAUGUUCAAUAGCUGUGCAGCGAUGCUCCCCAUACAACCUGACAGAGCUUGAGAGGAUUUUUUUAGAGAAGAAUGGGAGGAACUCCCCAAAUACAGGUGUGCCAAGCUUGUAGCGUCAUAACCAAGAAGACUCAAGGGUGUAAUUGCUGCCAAAGUUGCUUCAACUAUGUAUUGAGUAAAGGGUCUGAAUACUUAUGUAAAUGUGAUAUUUCAUUUAUUUAUUGCAAAAAUUUCACACAAAAAAACAGUUUUUUGCUUUGUCAUUUUGAAGUAUUUUGGGUAGAUUGAGGGGAAAAAAACUAUUGAAUCCAUUUUAGAAUAAGGCUGCACUGUAACAAUGUGGAAAAAGGUCAAGGAGUCUGAAUACUUUUGGAAUGGACUGUAUAUGUGUUUGUAUUAAUUUCUUUUUUACAUUUUUGUUUACUGUAUUCCCUUCAUAGUGCACUACUGUAAACGAUGGGUUGGGACCAAAUAAGGGGUCCCAAGCUUCCACACAAGUAAUCUAAACUUCCACAAGUAAAAAAAUAUCCACUUAGUCAUGCAUUGAUGUCAAUGGGAAAUUUAAGUGAAAAUUAUACUCUUAGGUGGAGGUUAGGAUUCACUCCUAAUGCUAGACUUAUACUGCUGUGUAUUUUCUGAUAUGUAUUUUUUAUUAGAUUUAUUGCAAAAAUAUUUUAGUAAAAAACAAGUGAGACGAGUACCAUAAUUAAUAAUACUAUUUUAAACUAC